AUGCUCCUUGGUCGCCAAUUCGGCCGCCAGAGCUCCCGCUCGCAUAUACCCUCACAAAAACGAGCUGUCGCAAACCUCACUUCACCACACCAUGCAGGUGCUAUCUCACGGAUUCAAACUUCCGUCGAUACUUCUUCGGAAGAGUUCAAGGAGAAUGAGAAGCAGAUGAGCGAGGUUAUGAGCCGCAUGCAGGAACUCGCCCGUAAGAUCCAGAAGGGAGGAUCUGAUAAGGCCAGGCAGAAGCAUAUCGAGCGCAAAAAGAUGCUCCCCAGAGAUCGAGUUACAGCAUUGAUCGAUCCUGGGACUACAUUUAUGGAGCUCUCUCCUAUGGCUGGAUAUGAUCUUUAUCCUGAAGCUGAGGUGCCAGCAGGUGGUAUCAUCACAGGUGUGGGUGUUGUCGAGGGUGUGACUUGUGUCAUUGUCGCCAAUGAUAGCACUGUCAAGGGCGGUACAUAUUAUCCCAUUACAGUCAAGAAGCACUUGCGCGCUCAGGCUGUUGCCAGAGAAAACAAAUUGCCAUGCAUCUACCUUGUCGACAGCGGCGGCGCCAACCUCCCCCACCAGGCCGACGUUUUUCCCGAUCAGAACCACUUUGGUCGCAUCUUCUAUAACCAGGCCCGAAUGAGUUCAGAGGGUAUCCCCCAGAUCGCUGUGGUCAUGGGUCCAUGUACAGCUGGUGGUGCCUAUGUCCCAGCUAUGAGCGACGAGAGCAUCAUCGUUCAGGAGCAGGGUCACAUUUUCCUUGCCGGUCCUCCUCUCGUCAAAGCAGCGACAGGAGAGGUUGUCAGCCAUGAAGAUUUGGGAGGUGGCAAGAUGCACUCGUCUGUAUCUGGUGUAACAGAUUACCUGGCUGUGGACGAUGCCCACGCUGUGGUGUUGGCCCGACGCUGCAUUAGCAACCUGAACUGGCCCAAGAAAUCACCAGAGACGCAAGCUCCCAAGCCUACAUACUUAGAACCACUCCACAACCCGGAGGAGCUUCUUGGCAUUGCUACCACCAAUCUGCGAAAACCUCUUCCCAUCCGCGAGGUCAUUGCUCGAGUUGUGGAUGGCUCAGAGUUCUCUGAAUUCAAGCGCGACUUCGGUACAACUCUUGUGACUGGCUUCGCUGAGAUUUAUGGCCACAAGGUUGGCAUCGUGGCCAACGAUGGUAUUCUUUUUGCCAAGUCGGCCGUAAAGGGCGCUCACUUCAUCGAGCUCUGCUCUCAGCGUGGCAUCCCACUCGUGUUUCUCCAGAACAUCUCUGGCUUCAUGGUAGGCUCAGAGUCGGAGCGGGAGGGUAUCGCAAAGCACGGUGCUAAGCUUGUGACUGCUGUGGCUUGCGCAGACGUGCCCAAAUUCACUGUCGUCGUUGGCGGUAGCUACGGCGCUGGUAACUACGGAAUGUGCGGGCGAGCAUACAGCCCACGGUUCUUAUGGAUGUGGCCCAACGCCAAGGUAGGUGUCAUGGGUAGCGAGCAGCUAGCUGCUGUUAUGGAAACAGUUGGGAAGACAGUGGAUGCGGGCUUAAAGGAGCGUAUCGAGAAGGAGAGUGACGCCACAUUCUCUUCUGCACGGUUAUGGGACGACGGUAUUAUUCCUCCCCAACAUACAAGACGGUACUUGGGUCUGGGUUUACAGGCUGCUAUGGGAGGUAGGAACGAGGUCAAGGCGGGCGAUACCAAAUUCGGUGUCUUCCGAAUGUAG